AUGGCUGCUACCGCUCUCCUCAUCUCACCCACCACUCCUUCAGACUACCAUCGCAUAAUCUCACCAAACCUCUCCGUCCCAUCCGAUUCAAAAAUCUCCAUCCCCGUAGGCCUCCUCGCUUGCCAACGCGAUCCCCUCUUACGCGCUCUCGAAACCACCGUCGUCAGCGCGUCCGUAGCCCAACCCCCACCGGCUGCUGCUGAUGCAUCCGCAAAGAAGACGAAGAAAGCCGUACUGGCACCCGAUCUUCCCAAGGAGCCUCUACUGCAUGUCCUCCUGCAUGACACCGUAAUCUUUCCAGAAGGCGGAGGACAGCCCACUGACACCGGGUUGAUUACCACCAGCGCUGAUGGUACCACCUGGGAAGUCGUGCAGGCAAAGCGACACGGCGGACACGCAGUGCACUAUGUGAAGAUUCCAGCCGGAGUCGAAGUUGACGCUGCCUUGCUUGCGUUCCAAUCUGGUGCGAAGGCUACAGUGUCCCUCGGCCAAGAAGGAUACGACAGGCGAUACGACCAUAUGUCCAUGCACACCUCGCAGCACCUUCUCUCUGCGCUCCUCGAGACACGUCUGAAUCUGCCGACGCUGUCGUGGUCGCUGACAAGCUAUCCAAGUCCUUGCUACGUCGAGGUACCCCGUGGAAUGACCGCCGAAGAAAUUUCGUCUAUCCAGACCGAGGCGAAUAGACUGGUUUUCGAAGGCCGAAGAGUGCGUGUUGAGGUCGAGGAGCUGGAUGCAGAGCAAGAACGGGGUAAAGGGGUGCCCAAGUUAGAAAGUGGACGAGCAGUCGGUAAAGCGCUUCCUGAAGACUACACAGGCGGUGUCAGACGCGUAGUAAUCAUCGAUGGCGUCGACCGUAAUCCGUGCUGUGGAACUCACCUACCAAGCAUCCACAAUUUGCAACUGUUCCUCCUACCCCACACCGAAGCACUCUCUCGAUCCUCGGCCACAUCUGCACGCCUCUGCUUCCUCUCCGGACCUCGGCUCAUCGCUCAUCUCACGAGCACGCACACCCUCCUCACCAAUACCGCCUCGAUCCUGAGCUGUGGCCCUCCCCUUGUUCCUGACCGCGUGAACCAGGUGGCUGAAGAACGGAAGCGUGCAGAGAAGCGCGUCUCGGACGUCGAGCAGGAGCUCGCAGAGCAUAUCGCGAAGGACCUGGUCGCUCAGAUCACGAAGCAAGAGGUUGGCGAGCUUUUCAAGCAUCAUGUGCAUCGGACAGACGACACAAGCAAUGCUCUCGGGUUCCUCUCUUCUAUAGCAUUCGCAGUCACCAAUGCGUUACAGGCAGAAGCGAAGAGUUCGUACCUGAUCGCGUUCUCCUCCACGCCUUCCUCGCAGACAACAUCUUCUAUUUCGACAGUUUUGGUGCUGGGGUCUGACGAUGCUAAAGUCAAGGCAGCGGGAGAAGGUCUUAAGGCCAAGGCAGGCGUGAAGGGCGGCGGAAAGGGAUCUAGAUGGAGCGGUAAGUUUGUCGGGGUAUGGAAGGAGACCAGAGACAAUGUUGCAGUAGAAGAAGUCUUAAAGGAUCUCUAG